AUGGGUUGUACUUGCGGGGAAGCUCACUCGCUCGACAGAAAACGAUUGCAGUGUGCAAUUCGAACUUGCACUCGUCGGGGCGCCAAGACAGGGCGUUCAGAGCAAGCGAAACAGGUAGAGUUACCAGGCACGCAAUUCCCGGAUUCGGUUAAGGACUGGUGUCGUCCGUACCGCGAACCAGAAUUCUCCCUAGACGAUACCCGGGUGUACACGCGGCCGCACGGGAAUCCCGAGGUGGGGUGUUAUUUUCGGCGUGUCGAUUACGUCGCCCUCGAUCCGCAGGUCGCCCGCUCGGGACGCGUCUGGCAGUUUGUGCAGUGCCUUCGCUCCCAUGCGUGUUAUUCGACAAGAGAUGAGGUUGCCUCGUUCGUGGUGGUGGGCAUCCUCUGUGACUGUCUUCGACAGCCGCGGGCACGACUCAAUGACAUGGGCGCCUUGAUGGGUACCGACCUCGGCUCCAUGGCGUCCGCACAACGCUUCGGCAACGGACGUGCCCGUUUCUGCACAGAUGCCGUGCCUGAUGCAGUCGCCAGUCUCGCAGAUGGUCGUGACGCUAACGCACCUGCAGCGAAUCGAGAAACGGAUACCAGUGCACCAAGCGGGAACGGCAUGCUCGCCCGAGGGCGUGCAUCGCCGGCUCGGCGAAGUGCUUCGUCAGCUUCACUGGAUCCUGCACAACGGAACCCGGAGUGCUGCCAACAGUGCAUCCCUGGCGCCAGUACCGCUGCAUUCACGUCGGUCGGUCGCCCCGGCGAGUUAUUGACUGUGAGCACCAAAACCUCAGUUCGCAGCAGGAACGGUGCAGGGCAUCGCGCGAGCGUUUCCCCAACAAAUAGCGCAUACGCUAAGCAUGGGUCACCGGACCCCGACGAGAAUCACGAUCAUCAUACGGGUCAAUUUCGGCUUCUACACGAGGUCUCAUCCUUGUCACCGGCACCAACUGUGGGAUUUCUCGUGGGUGACUCGGCGCCGCGCCCUUUGCGUAUGAUUAGUGACCUGCUGGAAAAACUUGUCACAGAGGGCCGUUGGGUCGCAGCGCUCAUGCUUGUUUCUGGGGCAUUUAUUAUGAGCUGUGGCCUUGUGGCCUUGAUUCUGGCGCUUCUAUUACGUAGCCUCUAUGUGACGCUUUUUCUGAAGCAAAAACAUCCACUGGGCUUCUUGUCAUGA